AUGAUUCGAUCAGUUCAAAACCGAUUAAAUAUUCAAUUUAAUUCGAAGUUAUUUCACUGGGUCAUAUUAUUUUUAUUUUAUAUUACAAUCAAUCAAAUCUCAUUAGUUAUUUCAAAUGGAUGCCUUCAACCUAAUGGAAUGUCUAUAUGUUGUGCCGGUCGAGAGAAGAAAUGUUUUGUUUACAAAUCAACUGGACAAUCUUCAAUAUCUAGAUAUUAUCCAUGGAAGAAAUAUCGUAGUGUAGCUGGUCAUUCAAGUCCACGUGAUCGUUGUUAUUGUGAUGAAAGUUGUGUCAUUACUGGAGAUUGUUGUCAUGAUUAUCAUUUCACAUGUCAAAAAACAAAAGUGGAUUGUACAGUCAGUGAAUGGGGACCUUGGACAAGUUGUGAAUAUACAUGUGGUCAAAGUGUCAGUACACGUUACAGACAAAUUCAAAUUAAACCAAGUAACAAUGGUAAGCCAUGUCCAGAGUUGAAUGAAACAAGACCAUGUAUUGGACAUAAUUGUGCAUCGAAAAGAUUUGGAAGAUCUGGAACGCUGAUGGUACCUUAUGUUUAUGAUAUAAAAGCUGAGGUGGCACAUUUACUACCCGUACGUGGAGAUGUAUUGGAUUUAACUAGACGUUAUGAUAUGCGUUUUGAUGUUCGACGUAAACUCUAUCUUGGUAGAUUAAUAAAAAUGAAUAAGACUGAACAGCCAGAACCUGAUCCAUACUGUGCAGUAUAUGAGAUUACGUAUUCAAAUCAGGCUUGUCAAUCACAAAAUUUGUUAUGGCAAUUUUCACAGUCACGCGAUCUGUAUCCUUCUUAUUAUUAUCCUAAUCGUUAUAAACGACACAAUGAUUAUAAUGGUCAAUCAAUCACUUUUAGCCGUAAAUCAUUUCUCCACAAAAGACAAUACAGUACAGUUGGAAAUACUGGUCUGAACAAAAAUUGGGAAGACAAUUAUUCGAAUUCUGAAUCAUGGAUUACUCACUCAGCGUUACUUACACCAGGUCAACAAAUCUGUGUGACAUGUUAUCCAACAUAUAUGAGGGAAGAUUUAGGUUACAGAUGCACUGGAUCUGGAUUACCAAAUGUUGAGACUAGAUGGCGUGCACUACGUACUUCUGAUUGUCAAGGUAGAUUCCGUAUGGUUAGUAUACCGCAAAGAUCAUGUACAUGUGGUCGAGGUGUUGCAUCAUUUGUAUUUGUUUAA